AAGUCCGUAUUGGAGUGCCAAGCACUGGAGAGCACCAGCAACUUGAAUGACGAUAUCAUGUUGAAACUUUGGCGUGGAGAUUUUGACUAUUGGAAGUCCGAGAUCGAGAACCGUUAAUUCUUUCCUUCUACAAAGGUGCUGACCUCCUCUCAAGGGACGUGUUUGAAGUGUGGACCACUAUCAACAUCGCCGAUUUUCGUCCGGACGCUUUGUCAAGAUGAAGGAGCUUUUUCGAGAUACCGUCACUGGGCAUGCUAUCCGUAUUCUCACCAAAGGUCGAGUGCUACAAUACGAAGAAGAACGAGAUCCGUCUUUAUGGAAAAGAUAUGUCAACAAGGAGAAAAGUGGACACAUGGCACAUCAUGGCCAUACGGGAGAACCAGAUGAAAAAGAGGAAGAAUCCGGCGAUACAGAUGGACAACAACAACAACAUAAUGGAGACAGUACUUCGAGAGAAAGCUCCGAUACCCGAGUUGGCCAUCCUGAGAACACACAUGCAAGACGGAACGAAGUUAGCGGUGUGUUGGUAGAUCCUGAGAAGGGACGAGAUGUCACUAUCGUUACUUGGUUUUCGGACGAUGAUCCAGAAAACCCGAUGAACUGGUCCAUGGGAAAGAAGUUCCUGGUCACCUUUCUCAUCUGUCUUCUGACAUUUGCUGUCUACAUCGGCUCUGCCAUUUACUCAGCUGGCACGGAAGAAAUCACAGAGGUUUUCGGCGUCAGUCAAGUUGCAGCGACUUUGGGUCUGACUCUUUUCGUUGCCGGUUAUGGUUUGGGUCCGAUGAUCUGGGCUCCGAUGUCUGAGAUCCCUCAAAUCGGCCGCAAUCCAGUCUAUAUUGGUACCUUAGUUGUCUUCGUCUUCUUCCAAUUCGCCGUCAUAUACGCGAAGAAUUUUGGCAUGCUUCUCGCUUUUCGAUUCCUGACUGGAUUCUUUGGCAGUCCUGUGCUUGCGACAGGAGGUGCUUCCCUGGGAGACAUGUAUAAACCAUCAAAACGAGCAUAUGCCAUUGGAAUAUGGGGUGUAGCAGCAAUUUGUGGUCCAGUCCUUGGUCCACUGAUCGGUGGUUUCGCGGCCCAGCACAAAGGCUGGCAGUGGCCAAUCUGGGAAUUGCUAUGGCUCUCCGGCUUUGCACUGAUCGUCUUGGUGCUAUUCCUCCCUGAGACAAGCUCCUCCAACAUCCUGUACCGUCGGACUCGUCGACUUCGCAAGCGAACUGGUCGUGAUGAUCUCAAAUGUGAGCCGGAGCUUAUGAGCGAACAAAUGACAGGAAAGGACAUUGUCAUGAUGACCCUCGUCAAACCAUUCUCUCUCACGUUUACGGAACCGAUUCUCUUCCUCCUCAAUCUCUACAUCGCACUCAUCUAUGGUCUUUUAUACGUCUGGUUCGAAAGUUUCGCAAUCGUCUUUGAGGGUAUUUAUGGAUUCAACCUCGGUGAGGAAGGGUUGUCGUUUGUUGGUAUACUCGUCGGUGCUUUCGUCGUUAUACCGCCAUUCUUUGCGUAUCUGUGGUAUGUUCAAGAACCGCAGUUCAACGAGAAUGGCGAGCUCAAACCCGAGAAACGACUUCCUCCAGCUUUCGUAGGAGCAUUCUGCAUUCCGAUUUGUUUGUUCUGGUUCGGAUGGACCUCUCGACCCUCUAUUCACUGGAUCGUCCCCAUCAUCGGAUCAGGAUUCUUCACUGUCGGUGCUUUCUUGUUGUUCAACUCGGUAUUGAAUUAUCUAGGAGAUGCCUAUCCUGAGCAUGCGGCGAGUGUUUAUGCAGGUAACGAUUUCAUGAGAUCCAGUUUUGGUGCAGGAUUUCCAUUAUUCGCAACUGCCAUGUACAACAACCUUGGUGUGGAUUGGGCAAGUUCGUUGUUGGGUUUCCUGAGCAUUGCGUUCAUUCCCAUUCCAUUCGUAUUGUAUAUGUAUGGAGAGAGGAUCAGGAAGGCCAGUAAGAGGGCGCGACAUGAUCUAUAAGUUUAGAGUGAAAGAAAGAGUCCUGUUAGCAAUGCGGACCAGAUAGAGAAAUUGAAUUUGGCGCUGGAUUGGGGCAGAUAUGUGUUUGGA